AUGGGAAUUCCUGGGUCUGAGACUGCUCUUGAAGAAAUGAUGUGUCGCGUUCUUGGUGACUUCAUUGAAGAAGGCUUCGUCGACAAACUUGCAGUUGUCCUCUUCUUUACAACUAUGGGUUGCGGGAAGGGAUUGUUUUGUCACGAGACAAGAUGUAAGAGAACAAAGGGAAAGAGGCAGCGACUCAACUUUGUUUCAGUUCCUUUUGGGGCAGGUUGGGCGACCGUGAGGACAAGAAGGAAGUGGUCCAAGUUAGUCAACCGGCAUUUUGUAGAAACUUCUCAAGGACUCCAAGUGUUCUGUGUGAUGAAUGACGAGUGUGUGGAGGUAGCCUUCGACAAGAUCGAUGAGGAUGCGGAGCGGGGACAAAUAAACAUUUUCGUUGCCACUUUUACCACGUGUUGGGCACGUUUAAGGUUGUACCAUCAUUUGGAGACGGUAAACCUAAAAUCCCUGUACUUUGACACCGACUCAGUGGUGAUAAAUGGUGGCCCGGACAACUCGAGAUCGUACCUGGGCAAUUUCUUAGGGGACAUGACCGAUGAAUUGGACCCUGGGGAUGGGAUGCACGACCACAUUGUUGAAUUCGUCUCCUGUGGUCCUAAAAACUGUGGGUACGGGACCAAGAGAGAAAAGACGGAGGUAAAAGGUGCGCGAGCUCACCCUCAACGUACGGGGGAGCGAGAUGCUUCGCUUUCAAAGCAGGAAACGCUCUCUCCAAGCCGAGGUGUUAGACCCCCAGAAAGAACGGCGGACAAUGACGGUGCCGAAUGUCUCGUUCAUCCACAGGAAUCCGGCCACCAAGGUACUCACGACCAUUUGUCGGAACAAGACGCGUGGCUUGGUCUUUGA